GAAGGUGUUGAACCCUCAGGAUCUCAUGCUUGUCCAGGCAGAUGACUCUGAGUUGGCUAGGUCUGCUCUGGGUUGGCUCCGCCCCAUCGCUUUGGUCUCUUGCCCAGGGCUGGGAGGAGUCAGCUAGGCCUGAGGGCGAUCAUUGGCUCAGUCCAGAUCAUCAGCCCACACAGUCAGAAGCCAGGAACUAAACCGUUUCCAGAGAAGAAGAGAGGAGGUCUUCUCGGACUCAUUGCUCCAGAGAGAAGGAUGCUACAGCUGAGCCUGUCCUGGCUGGGACUGGGGCCCGUGGCUGCCUCCCCAUGGCAUCUCCUGUUGCUGGGUGGAGCCUCCUUGUUCCUGGCCCGAAUUCUGGCCUGGAUCUAUGCCUUCUAUGACAACUGCCGCCGACUCCGCUGCUUCCCUCAGCCCCCUUCAUGCCACUGGCUUUGGGGUCACUUGGACAUUAUGCAGACCGAUGAGGAAGGCAUGCAGUUGUUGACUGAGUUGAGCCACUACUUUCGUGAUGUCUACCUCUCUUGGUUUGGGGCCUUCUACCCCAUCCUGAGGCUCUCCCACCCCAAGUUCAUUGCUCCCGUGCUCCAGGCCCCAGCUGCGGUGGCCCCUAAGGAAAUGACUUUCUACGGCUUCCUGAAGCCAUGGUUGGGGGAUGGGCUGUUAUUGAGUUCUGGUGACAAAUGGAGCCGCCACCGUCGCCUGCUGACACCCGCGUUCCACUUUGAUAUCCUGAAGUCCUAUGUGAAGGUUUUUAAUAAGAGCGUGAACAUCAUGCAUGCCAAGUGGCAACGCCUGACCGCCAAGGGCAGCACCCGUCUGGACAUGUUUGAACACAUCAGCCUCAUGACCUUGGACAGUCUGCAGAAAUGUGUCUUCAGCUUUGACAGCAACUGUCAGGAGUCUCCCAGUGAAUACAUUGCUGCCAUCUUGGAGCUCAGCUCCCUCAUAAUGAAACGGCACCGGCAGCUCCUCCUGUAUGUGGACUUCCUGUACUACCUCACUGCUAAUGGGCGGCGCUUCCGCAAGGCCUGCGACCUGGUGCAUGACUUCACAGAUGCUGUCAUUAGAGAGAGACGCCACACCCUCAAUAGCCAGGGUGUUGAUGAGUUCCUCAAGGCUAAGACUAAGUCUAAGACUUUGGACUUCAUUGAUGUGCUCUUGCUGGCCAAGGAUGAACAUGGAAAGGAGCUGUCAGAUGAGGACAUCCGGGCAGAAGCUGACACCUUCAUGUUCGGUGGCCAUGACACCGCAGCCAGUGCACUCUCCUGGAUCCUGUACAACCUGGCGAGGCAUCCGGAGUACCAGGAGCGCUGCCGGCAGGAGGUGCAGGAGCUGCUGAGGGGCCGAGAGCCUCAGGAGAUUGAGUGGGACGACCUGGCCCAGCUGCCCUUCCUCACCAUGUGCAUCAAGGAGAGUCUGCGGCUGCACCCUCCAGUUAUCUCCAUCUCUCGCUGUUGCACCAAAGACAUUGUGCUUCCCGAUGGCCGGGUCAUCCCCAAAGGGAACGACUGUAUCAUCAGCAUCUUUGGGGUUCAUCACAACCCUUCAGUCUGGCCAGACCCUGAGGUGCGACCCUCACCCCCCAAUUCUGGAACCUCGGGAGGGGUAUGGCUCUUAUCUGGGAAACCAGAACUGUCAUUCUUCUGUCUCAUAGCCAUCGUUUCUGGGGCUGGCUGGGUGUGCAGAAAGACAUGGCCCAUCAGCUUAGUCUUGUUUGGCCCGCAGGUCUAUGAUCCCUUCCGCUUUGACCCAGAAAACUCUCAGAAGAGGUCACCUCUGGCUUUUAUUCCCUUCUCUGCUGGGCCCAGGAACUGCAUAGGACAGACUUUCGCCAUGAACGAGAUGAAGGUGGCGCUGGCGCUGACACUGCUGCGUUUCCGCGUCCUGCCCGACGACAAGGAGCCCCGCAGGCAGCCGGAAUUGAUUCUGCGAGCAGAGGGCGGGCUGUGGCUGCGGGUGGAGCCGCAGAGCACCGGGGCACCGUGACUGGGUCUGGACUGCCCCACCCACUUUCCUCUGAGGAUCCCGAAUAAACAGAACCUCAGCAAAAGACAGCAGGGGGCGCUGCAGGACAGCGGAGAACCACUAGUGACCUGGAGGAGAAGAGGUGGGGCUGGUUUCCUCCUGAUCACCCACAGGGCCCCCAGGCUGCUGGAAGUUGUACCCAAGCUCAAACAUCGACUUUAUUCUUUGGGCGACAAGCCACCAUUGAUAUUUGAGCAGGAGAGGCACAUGCAGGUUUGAGGCUCUGUGAACCAAGCCAUUAGCUAUGGUUUUCGUUUUUCUUUUUGACUCCUAUGCAGAGUCAACUGCAUAGGAUAAGCUGGCCUCACACUAGCAGCAAACCCCUGUCCUCACCUCCUGAGUGCUGCGAUUAGAAGAGGGGGCCACUGUGCCUGGCCUGGCAUAUCUGAAGGGAUAGUUGUAAAAACAAAGUAGAGUUUCUCAGGAGAGAAGGCUGGGAGCCCUUUUGAAUGAUGUUAAAUGAUGUUCGAGGCUUGUGAUGUCCAAGACCACUAAGGCAGAUUAAAUUUAAAAUGAAAUCACA